GAAUAGAAUGGAGGUCAUGUUCUAGCGAAGAAUGGUCGGCCCUAAAACCUGUCCUGAACAGCCCUAAGAGCAACAACAGCCCGCCCGGUCAAUCCCUUUCGAAUUUUGCACCUUCGCUUGCACCCUCUUCGCCUUCGUUACUCGUCUAAGCAGAUCGAGCACCAUGGCGGAGCAGACCGAGAAGUCGUUUCUGAAGCAGCCUAAGGUCUUCCUCAGCACAAAAGCUUCGGCGAAGGGAAAGGCAGCAGGGAAAGCCGGUACUCGAUUCUGGAAGAAUGUAGGUCUUGGAUUUAAGACUCCCCGUGAAGCUAUUGAGGGUACUUAUAUCGACAAGAAGUGCCCAUUCACUGGAGACGUCUCCAUCCGAGGUCGCAUUCUCACUGGAACUGUGAACUGCACAAAAAUGACCCGCACGAUUACCAUCCGGCGAGAUUACCUCCACUUCGUGAGAAAAUACCAGAGGUAUGAGAAGAGGCAUUCCAACUUAGCUGCCCAUGUCUCCCCUGCCUUCCGUGUGAAAGAGGGUGACAAGGUUAUCAUCGGCCAAUGCAGGCCUCUCUCGAAAACGGUGAGAUUCAACGUCUUGAAAGUGAUCCCCAUGGGCGCUUCCGACGGAGGAAACAAAAAGGUGUUCACAGCUGUUUAAAUUCUCUUAGUCAUCUUGUACUAGUUAGAGGAUGGGAUCUAUCACCCUCUCUAUUGAAAUGGGAAACUUGAUCACCUACAUAUAACACAUCUGGUUCGUGGUAGUGUUACGUGAAGAAUGAAUUUGCCGACGUUUUCUCUGUAUUCUCAGUCUGAAUCCUACAGUGCAAAGCGUUAUUGUUGUA